GAUAGGUAGUACGAGUUUAUCUUUCCUUCUUGCCGAAAUCGACUCUGACAUCGUCUCUCUCCCUUUGGUUCUGUGUUUCUUCUUGCUAGGGUUUCCAGGCUAACCAUGGCUUCCUGAGAUUUUACAUUAACCAUGAUCUCGAUCAGACGUACAUGCUCGAAUAUGACAGUAUUCAUGGUUUGUGGAACAAGCAUGAGUUAAAGGUCAAGAGGUGAUUAUCUGUGGUGUGGUUGGUUGUUGGCCAGAGGAGAGACGUUUCUUACCUCUUUGGAUUUACUGGAUUCUGCAUCGGCUGGAGUUCACCGGGUUACUUUGAUCGCUGAACAGUGAGAAGGAUUUCAAGUUAAUUUACAACAUGAAAACAAAUAUUAUUUUUGAGACGGCAAAGAUCUCGAUCAGACGUACAUGCUCGAAUAUGACAGUGUUCAUGGUUUGUGGAACAAGCAUGAGUUGAAGGUCAAGGACGAGAAGACACUUCUUUUUGAUAUUGGGGGUUUAUCUCGGGUUCAAGAGUUUUGCAUUCUUAAGUACUGCAUCAGGGGCUGUCUGGAGAAGCUGGUGGAAGAGAUGGCAAACGUUGAUCAGCAUUUAAGACUUCUUAUCAGUAUUUGUGAUGGAAAAAAAAGAAUGGGAGGAGACUACCACCACCGUAAUGAACGGGCAGACGGAGGUGUUGUUGUCAGGCAGUGGCUUCUCCUAACAAUAUUACUAUGGAUGGACUUUUAAAGUUAUAUAGAAUAUGACAUUAGUUGUCAAGGUACGUCUAUUGUAAGCCUUAAUUAUAGUUUUUCAUUUAUACAUACUCUUCAUUUUCAGAUAUGCUUAGAAACUUCUUUAAGCUUUGGGCAUUGGUUUAUCAUUUGAUUUGUUACUGUGGUACUUCAUAAUUUAUUGAUGAAUGUCUCUUCGCUCUAAUCUGGACUACGUGUUACAUUGAUUUGGAUCAACAAAUUUUGAUUGCUCAUCAUUUUUGUGAAUUUUUAGUUCUUAGGUUGUCCAAAACAGGGUUGAUUAACCCACCAGCUAAUCUCAAGACGAAAAAUCUCAAAUUUUGUCUCUGUCAUGAAUGAAAAAACGGUGUUGAUUCUCUUAAUAGCAGUUGUCAAUUGUCAAAGAGAAUGACAACUGUUGUUCUUUUCCCUCGUUUAGUUGUGGAUGAAAUUCUAUUAGAUACUAUGUUCAUUGCAUCUUUAUGUCGUGUCCUUGCAUCUUUAUGUAGUAAGUUUAAAGUUAUGACCUGUCCUUACUAAACUUUUCUUUACUGAAGAUGAGAAUCAAGUAACUUUCUAUAACUUUUUACAUAUAAUAAUAGUGUGAUAUCACAUGGUGGGAACUUCUAUGCUUCACUGGUUCUAUUAAUCUCCACCCUAUGAUGGCUUUCAAAGUCCAAUUCAACUGGCAGCAACGAUGAUCAUGAGGAUUGAUCCUCAUUUGUGGACAGUCCAAGCUGACAAUCUAUUCUGUUGUAGACCUCAGAUGGCUUGGUGGGUGCAGUACUGCCUUGCCAAGCUCCCAAUACGUAAAACACUAUGCACAGGCCACUCAUUCCAGGAUCCAUGUGAUACGCUUCCUCUGGUUUUGUAACUGAUGAUGCUUUGGAGAUCCACCAGCCAUUGUAGUUUAUUAUGACCUGCCAGUUAAUUAUAUCAAUUGGAAACCAAGGAUUCUGAUAAAAUUUUCAAUUUUUUUUGUCAUAGUAAGGCUUUUGUGUCUUCAUUUUGUAUUUUUCAGUCAUUAGAAGCAUAAUCUACGUGAUAGGUCAGAACAUUUCACGCGUACGAAAGUUUAUCUAAAUUGAGAUUGUGUUGAAAUGAUGUGAUAUUGAUGACUAAGAGUUGUGUGCCAUCAGAUAUUGUUGCGUAAGUUUGAUACGGUCUAAUUCAUUACAUAUAAGGUUAUAUUGAGAAUAUGCAGAGUAGGACUUAUAGCCAUACUCGGCUCUUUUGUGACUCUUUAAUCCUGUCACUGAACCAAUAGCUGUGAUCCUUAAUUUCUAUAUUGA